UCAAUUAGAUUAUGCGUAGUAUACAUUUUUUUAUUACAGGAGGUGCUGUCUACGUCCGUUGGGGCAGGACGACUUGUCCUUCUGGAGCAACAAAAGUCUACAAUGGUUAUGCAGGAGGCUCACAUUACAGUCAUCCAGGCGGUGGGACUAACUACCAGUGUCUGCCCACCGACCCACAGUGGGGAAGGUACCAAGAUGGAGUCCAAGGGUGGAAAGCUUUCAUGUACGGUGCAGAGUUUAGCCUGAACACAAACGUCCCGUUCGGCUCCACCUCCCUUCACAAUCACGACGUCCCUUGUGCGGUCUGCUACGUCCCAACCCGCGGCAGUAAGUUGAUGAUCCCCGCCCGUACCUCCUGUUAUAGCGGCUGGACCCGGGAGUAUUAUGGCUAUCUCAUGGCUGAACGACAUAGUCUGAAUGGGAAAGAGUUUGUUUGCGUUGAUGUAAGUCCCGAGGCCGUGACAGGCGGACAGGCCGACCAUAACGGCGCUCUGUUCUGCCCCGUGGAAGCCCGCUGUGGGGCCUUGCCGUGUCCCAGAUAUGUGGAGGGGAGGGAACUCACCUGUGUCGUCUGCACUAAGUGAACUUAAGGUCCAGAGUUGUAUGCAGAGAUAGCUUACCAAUAUUCUCUUACAUCUCUAAACGUUGAAAACUGGGAAUAGACAUUUUUACCUGUGCCGCCACAUAAUCCACUUUCUAUGAAAAUAUGUCCUGUGGUGAAAAUACACAAUUUACACAAGAAUAUUUUUAAGUAUUGUCUUUUGAUGCACCGUCUCUAUAUUCAUCUAACAUGUGCAAGUACAUUUGUACAUGGAAAGAUCUUGCGCAGUAGCAUCCAGAAAUCAAAGACUUUCAUAACAUCCUGAAGUUCAUUUCCAAAAAAAUUGUUCCAUUAUGUAAUCUUCCUGUCUCAAAAAUGCGGACCAUCCCCCCUGGACAGCUAUUUAAUUGAUCUUUUUUCGAAAAUGUAAUCCCCAACAGUUUUUAUAUGUAUAUACUCUGAAAUGAGAAAACUGUAGGUUGGAUUGAUUGGAUUGUGUAAUUCAUCGGAAGUUUUCGGCAUUCCAUGCGGC